UGGGGGCGGUGCCUCCGGCCCGAGCCCUUCCGGCCUGGCGCGGCCUAGUCCCGCGGAGAGCGCCGCGCCGCCUCCCGGGGAUGCUCCUGCUGGCCCUGGGCGACCCCGGGAUGGAACCGGCCCGGCCCGCGCUGGUCAUCCGCAUCCGCAUCCCGGACGGCGGCGGCGCCGUGGACUGGACCGUGCACCCCGCGCCGCAGCUGCUCUUCCGGGACGUGCUGGACGUAAUCAGUCAGGUUCUUCCUGAUGCAACGACAACAGCUUUUGAGUAUGAAGAUGAGGAUGGCGAUCGGAUUACUGUUCGCAGCGAUGAAGAAAUGAAAGCGAUGUUGUCCUAUUAUUACACAACUGUAAUGGAGCAGCAGGGAAAUGGACAGCUGAUCGUCCCCCUGCAGAUCUACCCAAGAGCUUGCAAGCCUCCUGGGAAAAGGAACAUACAUGGCCUGAAGGUAAAUACGCGAGCAGGGUCUGCUAACAAUAGCAGUGCGGCCAUCUCAGACUCCCUUCCAAGCCAUAGUCUGAAGAAGUCCUCCGCUGAGCUGAAGAAAAUCCUAGCAAAUGGCCAGGUGGAGAUGAAUGAACAAGACAUACGGUAUCGAGACAUCCUUGGGCACGGCAACGGAGGAACCGUUUACAAAGCAAACCACGUCCCCAGUGGGAAAAUACUAGCCGUAAAGGUGAUUCCUUUAGAUAUUACACUAGAACUUCAGAAACAGAUUAUGUCUGAAUUAGAAAUCCUUUAUAAGUGCGAUUCAUCCUAUAUCAUAGGAUUUUAUGGUGCUUUUUUUGUAGAAAACCGGAUUUCCCUUUGUACUGAAUUUAUGGAUGGGGGCUCCUUAGAUGUCUACAGAAAAAUUCCAGAACACGUCUUGGGAAGAAUAGCUGUAGCUGUUGUUAAAGGCCUUACAUAUUUAUGGAGCUUAAAAAUUUUACAUAGAGACGUGAAGCCCUCGAAUAUGUUGGUGAACACCAGAGGCCAGGUCAAGUUAUGUGACUUUGGAGUGAGCACCCAGCUAGUGAAUUCCAUAGCAAAGACAUACGUCGGGACGAAUGCAUAUAUGGCACCAGAACGAAUUUCCGGAGAACAGUACGGCAUUCAUUCUGAUGUUUGGAGUCUAGGAAUUUCCUUCAUGGAGCUUGCUCUCGGGAGGUUCCCCUAUCCUCAGAUUCAGAAAAACCAGGGAUCUUUAAUGCCUCUCCAGUUACUUCAGUGCAUUGUUGAUGAGGAAUCUCCUGUCCUUCCGGUUGGGGAGUUCUCGGAGCCGUUUGUACACUUCAUCACUCAAUGUAUGAGGAAGCAACCAAAAGAACGACCAGCCCCUGAAGAAUUAAUGGGCCACCUCUUCAUUGUGCAGUACAAUGAUGGGAAUGCCGAAGUGGUCUCCAUGUGGGUGUGCCGGACCCUGGAGGAGAGGCGUCUGCAGCAACAGGGAUCGCAGUGAGAGGAGGAGAGAUGCGCUCCCUCCCACGGGACAGCAGCCUCCCAAGAGCUUCAUGGCCAAGGCAGUUCAGAGUUGAGCCUGCCAGGCAGAGCCGGCGUCUUUUUCUCCAAGAAAUUCAGCGGACGUCCUUUGCCCCCCUCCAGCUCUCAAGGCCGCCUGCAUCCUUAAGACAAUAGGAACAUAUAUUUUAUAAACCGAAUGUAUAUAUGUUGGCCUCCCAAGUAUUUUAUACGCUUUGGGGUCUUUGCUAGCUAAACAUAAGGACGGGAACAGAAAAUGGAGGCCCUGUGGACUCAGUCAGGUGCCUGCCUUGGAUUGGGAUUUGAAACUGAAUGUUAGAUGAUGGACCAGUGAAAGAAAAUGGAUCAAGAUGAAAGAAUAAAAAGUGUAAGCAGUUUCUGCCUAAGGGUGUGUGCUAGAUUUAUUUUUGGAACAGACAAGGGUGUGUUUGCACUACAUCCCCUAUACUCACUCCUUACGUAGGAUGAGGUGGACACUAAGGACACCCGGAGAUUCUAGCAGAAGAUGAAACAGGAGGGAAAGUUGGGUUGGGCUUUCAUUUGUUGAUGAUGAUGUUAUUACCUUGAGCGAUAGAACAAUUCCUUGGGGUUGGUCUAAAGUUCAUUCUUAGGGGAAUUCUUGCCGGGACUGCGGAAGAGGUGCUGCUGCCCAUGGUUGAUAGCAAAGUUGGACCCUUUGAUUGGAGGCUUCCUUUGUUCCUAUUCAGCAAGCCUAAGAUAUACUUAAGUCACUGAUCUCUCUCUCUCCCCACAAAUGUUGCCUCAGGCUGAUGUGACCUAUCAUUCAUUUCUUCAAUUGAACCCCUGUAUUUGUGCAACCAAUGCCAGUGAAAUCUGCAAUAACUAGGUUUUUAGAACACCAGGCUAAAUUGUGCCUGGGCAGUUGGUGACUGAAGAUGGUCUGGGAAGCCAUACUGUCAAAAGUGGCCUACUGGCUUAGUAAAUUGUGUGAACCGUGUAAUCCUAUUAAGCUGUAAUGUUUUUAUUUGUUUGUUUAUUUGUCACACCAAUAUAUAUUCUGCCAAUGUAUCAGGCUCUGGGUGGUGUACAUGGAUAAUGCAAUUUAUCUAUUUUUGCAUAACAUUAUGGGGGAUAGUGAUUGCAUCUUCUUACCUAAUUCAGGGUUUAGCAUUUUAGGCCAAUCUACUGUAACUGAUCCAGGUGAUGAAGCCUAUCCAUUAACCUCACCAAACUGAGUCAACGUGUUAAAUGGGGACCAACUCAAAGAAGGGAGGCUGUGCAGUCCACUGAUGGUCUAAACUUCAGUAGCUGCUCUGCAAAAAAGAACAGACCAAAAACAGGAAGAAAGAAAUUGUCCUGUCAACCAACAACCUCUGGACGUAGUCUAAAAGGAGUCCAGCCUUCGAUAGCAGGCAAGCUUUCUCUGCACCCUAAAACAUGGACCUAUUGCAUUUAUGGAUUGCCCUAUUCAACUUUUGCCCCCCAUUUGCCCCCAAGGACUAGGUUGAAAAUUUAAGAAUCUGGGUCUUGUUAGUAAAGGUAAAGGGUUCGCUGUCUAUUUAUGUUUUGACUGUACAGCAUAGUGGUCAUCUCCAUUUCUUCACAGAGGGAGCCAGCAUUAUCCAAAGAUGUUUCCAUGGCCCUGUGGCUGAGGUGCAUAGGACACUGUUACCUUCCCAAUGAACUGGAACCUAUUUAUCUACUCACAUUUGCAUGCUUUCGAACUGGUAGGUGGGUAGGAGCUGAGGCCAGGACGAGAGCUCGCCCGUUGCACGGCACUUGCGUCUCAAACCCAGACUGUCAGUUGUCCAUCGGAGAAGCUCAAUGUUU